GAACUACAGUACCCACACUGCAUCGUUCCUGCCUACAGUACAUUCUGCUGCUUAUCCGGGGAUGUCACACCGCUGCUAUUUUCUCCCCUCAGUCCCUCUCACUCUCAGCCUACAGCUCCAGCGGACUGACACGGGGCUUUGGAUAGAAAGAAACGAACAAUAAGACACGAAACACGGGCCAAAAAAAGAAAAUGGCAGAGCUCGGAGCGGGAAGCCUGCCGUUAGGGGAUCCUGCUUUCAACUACCAGGAGCACGAGCUGAACGAGCGGCUGAAGCGGCUCUACCCGGCUGUAAACGAGGAAGAGACCCCUUUACCCCGAUCUUGGAGCCCCAAGGAUAAAUACAGCUACAUUGGCCUGUCACAGAACAACCUGAGGGUCCAUUACAAAGGCCAUGGCAAGAAUCACAAGGAUGCAGCAUCAGUGCGAGCCACGCACCCGAUCCCUGCUGCCUGUGGGAUCUAUUACUUUGAAGUUAAGAUUGUCAGCAAAGGACGAGACGGGUACAUGGGCAUCGGGUUGUCCGCCCAGGGCGUCAACAUGAACAGACUGCCUGGAUGGGACAAGCACUCGUACGGUUACCACGGAGACGACGGCCACUCCUUCUGCUCCUCUGGGACCGGCCAGCCGUACGGCCCGACGUUCACCACGGGCGACGUGAUCGGCUGCUGUGUCAACCUCAUCAACAACACUUGCUUUUACACCAAAAAUGGCAUCAGUUUAGGUGUAGCCUUCACAGACCUCCCUCCCAACUUGUACCCCACCGUGGGGCUGCAGACGCCUGGCGAGAUCGUAGACGCUAACUUCGGCCAGCAGCCGUUCGUCUUCGACAUCGAGGACUACAUGAGCGAGUGGCGGGCAAAGAUCCACGGCAUGAUCGCUCGCUUCCCCAUAGGCGAGCGGCUGGGGGAGUGGCAGGCCGUCCUGCAGAAUAUGGUGUCCAGCUACCUGGUGCACCACGGGUACUGUGCCACUGCGACAGCCUUUGCCAGAGCCACAGAAACCAUGAUACAAGAGGACCAGACAUCUAUAAAGAACAGACAGAGAAUACAGAAGCUGGUUCUGGCGGGACGGGUGGGAGAAGCUAUAGAAGCAACUCAGCAGCUUUAUCCCGGCCUGUUAGAACGCAACCCCAACCUACUAUUCAUGUUGAAAUGUCGUCAGUUUGUGGAGAUGGUGAACGGGACGGACAGCGAGGUUCGCUGCCUGACCAUCCGCUCCCCGAAGUCCCAGGACAGUUACCCCGGCUCCCCCAGUCUCAGCCCCCGCCACGCAGCCAGCAACACACACCUGCACACCGGAGGAGCAGACAGCCCCACCUGCAGUAACGGGGUGACUCCCCCCAACAAGUCAAAAAGCCACAGUGGUGUGGGCGGCAGCAGCGUCAAAUACCCCAGCGCGUCCUCCUCCGCCUCCUCCUCCACCUCCUCCUCCCCUUCCUCCAUCAACUACUCCGAGUCCAACUCCUCCGACUCCACCAAGAGUCAGCCACACAGCGCCAACAGCGCCCAGGAAACCAGUGACAGCGAGAUGGAGAUCGAAGCCGAGCACUACACCAACGGGGUCGUUGAGGGCUCCUCAGCGCGGAUCAUGAACGGCACGUACAAACACGAAGAGAUCCUUCAGCCCGACGACAACAGCAUUGGCAACGGUGUCACAGAUGAAGGUUGCAGCAACGGCAGACAGCUUUGCGGCGGGAACCAGGCGGCCACAGAGAGGAUGAUCCAGUUUGGACGCGAGCUGCAAGCGCUCAACGAACAACUGUGCCGCGAGUACGGCAAGAACGCCACACACAAGAAGAUGCUACAGGAUGCAUUCAGCCUGCUAGCGUACUCAGACCCGUGGAACUGCCCCGUGGGCCAACAGUUAGACCCCACGCAGAGAGAAUCGCUCUGCUCCGCACUCAACAGCGCCAUACUGGAGUCCCAAAAUCUGCCCAAACAGCCUCCGCUGAUGUUAGCGCUCGGCCAGGCCACAGAGUGUGUUCAGCUCAUGGCCCGAGUCCGGUCCGGUUCCUGCUCCUUCGCCAGAGUAGACAACUUUUUGCACUAGCCCAGGUCCAGGUUGAUGUUAAGUAGCACUGAGGGGAAGGCAUGUCCAGCAGGUAGUUGUCAUGGCGACGGAGGAAAGAGCAUGCGUGUAAUUGGUGCGUUUGGCGUGUCCGUCAGACCGAGCCCAGCGACACAGGCAGAGGAGCAGAGAGAGGAGAGAAGCAGGAAAGAGAGAAGAAGAAGAAGAAGAAGGCUUCCUUUUUAAUUUUAGCAUUAUCAAAUAAAGAAAUGUGUGACACUAUUUAAAGAUAAUUAAUUAUUAUUCUGUUUAUCUAGCCUUUUUUUUUUUUUUUUUUAGUUUCAUCUUUUGUCGGUUUGUUGUGCUCAUCCUGGACGAAACAAAGUGUAAUUUCUCCCCUUUUCUUUUCUUUUUUUUUUAUUAUUAUUCCUCUGUAUUAACGGGUGGAGUUUGGUUCCCUACAAUCAGUAUUUUACUUUCAUUCUUGUUCCUCGUUCUUCGCCAUAUCACAGACCACAAUGCCCACGAGCUAGUUUCCACGGUGACCCUCACACCUGUAGGCCUCCUUUUAAAGAAAGGCACAUUGGCAUCUUUUUUUUUUUUUUAUUAUUAUUAUUAUUUUUUUAAUAAGAUCGGGAACAGAGAAAUCUUUGGAGCGUGUUUUUUAAAUGUAAAAAAGGGGUUGAGCUCAGCAUGAAGAAACACCUUUUAUUGUGUGGAGCGCGUCACUAGCUCCGGUCAGGACUAAAACCAAAACCAAAAAAUGGAAAAAAAAAAAAAAAAAGUGGGUUCUCAAAUUAUUUCAGGAAGUUGAUGGCUGUAGUUGCGUAAUGUUUUUAAAGGAUAAAAUAGUGUGAGUUCACACGUUAGUAGCCAAAGAACAGGAUGCAUCCUGUGUUUUCUUUAAAAAAAAAAACAAAAAAAAAAAACAUAAUUGAAGGUCCCCUGUAGUGGCGGACACUGUCAGUAGACAGGAAAGAGGGCGAUGACGAGGGAUUAAAUUGGAAUAUUAGAGGUGUUGGAGCCUUAAUUUUACUGUGACAACCACAGCGUCAACCAAUCAGGGAUGUGGUUGCAGGUGGCAGAGCUCAGCCCCAGCUGCACCUACAACACCCGCCUUCAGGACCGAGUCUAACACCAUUACCGUGGUCACCUCGAUGCCGGCAUGGAGAAAAAUCAGUAUCAAAGGCAAACUAACAAGCACGUCUUAAAGUCAAGUCACCCCUGGGGAUUUCAUUACCGCAGUCUUUUAUUUUAUUUUAUUUUUAACAUCCUCCACAGCCUGACCUGCUAUGUGCAUGAGCUGUCGCAAUUAUUAUUUCAAAUAAAGAGGUGAAUUCAUUUGCCAAACAGGAGGGAUUUUAAUUGAAGGGUGCACUUUGUGGUAAUUGGAUCACAGUCUUUCUUUCAUUCUGAUUUCAAACCAGGUCUAAAGGGUGUUAAAAACCAGCUCUGAUUGUUGGGGAAAAGGCUUUCUUUUGUUUUGUCCCUCCCUUUUAUAUCCCAUUGACCCAGAAUGCUUUACAGUGUGGUUAGCUGCUGGCCAUUAUGAGAUUUACACACUCUUCUGUACUUAUCCAUCACUUCCUCUUUUAGGAAAUAAUGGACAAGUUCUUAAGCCACUUUUUUUUAUGGAGCCCUAAAUGUGUCUAAUAUUAAAAUAAUUAAGACAUUAGGAAAUAAAUAAGCAAAUAUGAUUAGUUAAAUAUGUAACUAAAUUGUGAAAUAAUUCAAUUUCUGUGUUUCAACUAUGCCCUCCUCCAUUCAUUUUCACUACAAAAGACACAUUUUGACUUGUUACCAUAGGAAAAGCACAGAUAUUAUCAUGGUCUAUACGUAAAUACGGACAAACUUUUCGUGACGCCACCUAACCACCAGUUUAUUCAAACGGUGGUGGAGCAGCCACAUCUGGAAUUUAGCAUACCAUUAGCCGUUGAUAUAAUUUCAAUGAUUUAAACUACAUAAAGACUUACCCUUCGUACAGUGAAUGUAGUCACCCUCAAAUGGACAUUCAUGGAACUGCAGCACAGUUCAUAACGUCAGAUCCACAGCCUAACCAGGCUAUGGGACAUUUAAGUGAAGUCAUUGUUGGUGGGAUUAGUUUCACCUGUGCGUCUCCUGUGGUGACAAGUCAAAAUGUCUGCUGUGCGUUUAACCUCCAGAUUCCUCUUUUUAGAAAGUGAAUUAAAAACUAGCCCACAAGGGCUAACUCCAACGAACUAGCUUAUCUCGCAGGCUAGUAAGCUAAUAAGUUAGCUAACGCAAUUUGUACUUUUCAGUAAACCAAUAAUUUACUGUUUCUAAUAAACACCCAAAGUAACUGCCUAGCCAGCUAACAUGCUAGUCUAGUUUGUUAGCAGCUAGCUUCUCUAAUAAAAACAAAAACAGUGGAAAGACAUUUUUCUGCUUCAGAUUGAAUUAAUAUAAACUAGCUGAAUUAAUGCAUUAGCUAACUAACUUAUCUCAAGCUUCUGUGGCAUUAGCUUAAAUUUAGGCCUCUGAGCUAACCUGCGCUUUUCCAAAUUCUACUAGCAAUUUUUGGAAAAUCUUAAACAAUCAUUCAAAGGAAUUUAACCAUCAGGGUAAAUUAGUGUCACUUGUCAGUGUAAAUAAUAUUUCCCUAAAGAUUUAUCAUUGCUAUUAUUAUAUUAUUAUUAUUAUUUGGUGAACUGUUUUCAUCCCGAGAUCCAGAGUAGGACUAAAAAGUGUUUGCACAUCCUAGAGAUGCAGCAGCUUUAAAUUAAUUUACUUUGAGAAAAACAAUAAUUAGCUCUGUGACCUGCAUGUAUGCUAAUGAACGGGCGGGCGGAGGGGGCUUUAUUAAAUUAUUUAUUUCACAAUGUCUUGUUUGUUAAUUUAAAGUCAGACACAUUGGCUCCUUUUUUAAAAAAAAUCUACCAUUGUAUAAUUCUGGACCUAAUUGUUUAUUUAAAGAGACGAUAAAUUCCUUUAAAUUUCUUUAGGGAGAAUCUAACUCGACCUCAACCUUUUCUUUUUCUCCCCCUUGUGUGUCAUUAACUUGGUUUUGAUGACAAACUUGUUUUGAUGUGUGACUCCGUCUGCUUUGUUGUGGCCAGGCCAGUGGCUUGUGGAUCCACCUUGAGUAUGUACAUUUCUAUCGGUAAGAGAAUCUCAGUCUAAUACAAUACUGGAGAUUCUCAUUGUGGGUUUUUCCUGCAGGGUUUUGUGGUCAAACUUAUCACCUGGCUGGGUUUUUUUUUUCUUUCUUUUCUUUUUUUCUUUUUUUUUUU